UGAAAUAAACGGCAACACAUCUUUUUACAAACACAAAAAUAAAUUGUAAAUCUGAAUAAUUUGUAAAAAGAUUGCUGUUGUUUGUCAAAAUGGAGGACCUGCUGGAGAUGACCAGUAUUAUAUCCGAGCUUGAAAAUAAGCUGGAACUAAUAAGCAAGGCACAUUUUGAUGAGCUGGAACAAUUAUUUUUUGGCAAAUCGGUAGCCACUUCUGUUGAUGCUGGCGUGAAAGCAUUGGAGUCCAAUGAAUCCGGCAAGAACAGCUCAGAGACACCGCAGCAGACUAAAAAGCGUCCCAAGCGCUUGACUGCCUUGUCAGAGUCCGAAGCUGAUGGUGAAGAGCCUAGUAAUAUGGACGAAACUAGUGCAGUUACAUCGCAACGACAAAGCGCACGCAUGAGUAACUCGCAACUGCUGGCCGCGGCGCAGGAAGAUGAUCCCGAGGAGCGCCAAUUGAACACUACAGCAUCGCUGAUGCCACCGCCACCACCACCAAUCAUAACAACAGCAGCAGAUACAACUACCAACCCUGCGGAUACUAGUAGAAGCUCAGGCCGACCACAACGCGCAGCCAAGAUACGCUCCGAGAAGAGUCUUAAGGAGCCCGCGCUAAAUAGCAAGUUACGGCAGCCAGACCCAGAAGUCGCAGUCAAGGUUAAAAUUGAAAGUCAGCAGCGUCCGUCACAGUUCAGUAAAUCGACAGCUGUAGCUCCAGCAGCUGCUCCAGAGAAGCCACAGCCAGUUCUUGAGCCAGAGCCAAAGCCGCGUACAAGUCAAGAAAAAUUAAGGAGCUUGCGAAUCGAGGUCAAACGCGAAAAAGUGAGCCUUGAUACAAACUCCACUGUUACGCUUGAGGCAACCAGAACCAUCGUGGAGACGUCCACCACAAGUAACACAAGCACGGCACCUGCCAAAAAAACACGCAAGAAGAAAGAGCCCCACAAGCCUAUAAAAGUGGAACGCUUUAGCGAUUUGGACAAGGAGCAACCGGUUUCGGCACGUACACGUCAAGGAAGCACUGGCUCACAGGAGUCGCAGGCGCGCUCGCAACGCUCCGUCUACGAGGAUGCCGUCGAGGGAGAGCUUAAGGCUGCCAAUGCCACAGUAACCAUUUCCCAGUCUAAAGCUUUGGGCGAAGCCACAUUUAAUGGGCCCGCUGACGAGCAUUUGCCGGGCAACUCUACCUUCCAGGUAGAAUCAAAUGUCAGCAAAGAGACGUCUAUGCAGACGGCUCGCGAGGGCAGCAUGCGGGAGAACAGCUUGAUGACAGAAGAUGACUCGGUGGAGGAACCCAUUAGGCCCGCAACCAAGCAGGCUGGACACAAACUGCCACUCACACUUAAGGGCAUGAAGAUGCCAGCGCGCACUCACGAGUUGUUCAAUCCGCUGCUGCAAAGUCCUGUAAAGAUGCGCGUGGAAGCCUUCGAGAAUGCAGCCAAUGCUCAAGGCAGUACACGUCCCAAGCGCAACAAGGAAACUAGUGCGUCUAGCAGCAGCACCACGCCUCUUAUUGGACGUCUUCAGGCGCCCACUUUGGGGCGUUUUCUCACACCCACACAGAGUACCAGUUCCCUGCCGAUAAACUCUGCACAACCCAAGAAGGCGCCCAUGAGUGCCAGCAAGGCAGCGCCGCUUAUGAAAACAGCCACGGGCACAAAUCUGAAGAGCACCAAUUCCGGUUCCACCAAAACUCUCUCACGCGAAAACAGCGGCGAUGAUUUUCGCAAAGGUCUUCAUCAGCUGGCUGAGGAGAAGAAGAAGCAGCGCGAGUUAAAGCACCAACAGGCUGCAGCUCUGCGGGAGACCAAGGAACGCGAGCGAGCCGAACGUUUGGCCAAACUCACCAAAGAGCGUGAGGAGAAGCGUUUGAAAAAGUUGCAAAAGGAGAAAAUGGAGGAACGCAAGCGUCAGGAAAUGGAGGAGCUGCAGCGUAAAAUGGCCCAACAGGAUGAAAUUGAGCGCAAUAAAAAGGCGCUUAUCAAGGAAAAGGAACGCGAGCAUAUGCUCCAAAUGAAGGCACAAGCUGCAAACUCGGCCAAGGCGAAGAAGAUGAUGCCACCGCCACCCAAAUCAGCAUAUACAUUCGCAAUGCUGCACGAGGAUGAUUCCACAGAUGAUGAGAGCAAGAUCUCCUACAAGCGCCCAGCUGUGCCCACCUGGAGUCGCACUCAUGUGCGUGGCCCAGCAAUAGUUAUGCAGAACAAUUUGCCCAUUACUACCAUUGAUAGCUUCUUCUCGGUGGCAGCCAGCACACCAGAUCUGAAACUCAUCUUUCCCGACAUCGAUCCCAGUCACUUGAGGCGCAACUCAAGUGUGCUUUGGUCAACGCCACCGCGUUACUCAGAAUUACCCAAGUACUAACCUUAAGUACUACUAUAGUUUAUUACAUAUUGCAAUUAGAUGUUGUCAUUAUUAUUUCAUUUAUAUGCUA